CAAAACCGCAAACACCUGUCAUAAUGAUAGGCCCGGGAACCGGUUUGGCCCCAUUCAGAGGCUUCAUUCAGGAGAGAUGGCAUCUGAAGCAAAACGACAAACCCGUCGGCGAUACCAUCCUUUACUUCGGCUGCAGAAAGAAGUCCGAAGACUAUCUCUACGAAGAAGAACUCACUCAAUACGUGUCGAACGGCACUCUCACCAAACUAUACACCGCUUUCUCCAGAGAUCAGGAGCACAAGAUAUACGUGACUCAUCUCUUGAAACAGAAUAUGAAAGAGAUCUGGAAUAUCAUCGGCGAAAAGGACGGCCACAUCUAUGUCUGCGGUGACGCCCGAAAUAUGGCGCGAGAGGUCAAAGAGAUCAUAAUUGAGACGAUUAUGACUGAAGGCGGCAAAAGCCGGGCCGACGCCGAGGCAUACCUGAAGCGCAUGGAAUCGCAGCGAAGAUAUUCGGCGGAUGUGUGGAGUUGAGCGCAUUCUUGACGUAGACAAUGAAUUUCUCGUCGUUUAGUUUGAAUUGUAUUAUAAAUAUUUUCGAUAACGAAUUCAAAUCAAUUUUUACCUUUAAUUCUAACGCU